AUGUCCGCAUGGGCAUCGGACGUUGGCGAAUUUCGGGGACCGUUUAUGGCCGCACCGGUAUCUGAGAUCUAUGGGCGCUGCGGGGGGUCCUUUCCGACCACCACUGGCACAUCGUUUCUAUCUGAACGUGACAUGUCCUCUCUAGAGUCUACAUUCGAGUCUUUGUCUGUAACCACUGGCGUGCGAAACCCAUUCCAUCAUGAAUUAUUGCCUCCAGAGAUCUGGGUGGACGUCAUCGGGCACUGCAACAAAGCCUCCCAGCGGACCUGCUUGUCUCUCUCUAGGGUGUUCCACAGCCACACCAUCCCCAUCUUAUUCUAUGAAAUCAUCAUCUGUUCUGGUGGACGGGCCGGAAAGAGUGGCACUCUACGACGAGCUGGACGAAACGCGGUCAUCGAGGUCGUACGACCUCCUGCGCUCGACGCCUCAUUCGCUAAAGUUGUGAAGGCCCUCGAAGUUGAGGCGUACAUGAAGGAUGGUUCCAGGGUCCAUCUCCUUCUCUCGGAGUCUUCAAUGCUCUUGUUGCGUCGUGUCCAAGGUUACAGAAUCUCGCUCUUCCGUCGACAUGCCCACUUCACGUUCAGGAUACUAUCAUAUGUCGCGCUUCCGUUCCACAAGCUCAAACGCCUCCGCUGGAUAGCGUUCAGUUGGACACAUGAAGACAUUAUCGACCCUCUCUUGAGCAAUUACCAGGAUGUCGAGAUAAAUGAGGAGACCUUCCCGGACCUGUGCGAGCUACAUUUCUUCUUCACGACACCAGCCAGUGGCCACUUGCUCGGGGGUCUAUCGAAGCAAAUCACACAUCUCAAUCUACUUUUCAUACGUGACCUCGGCCGCCUCGAGGUUCUCCUGCACAACCUCCCCGAUGUCCAGUCACUUACACUGCAGACCCUCCGAGAGACACAGGAAGAGCAGCUCUUCACUGCGUUUACGUAUGCUCCGUUCAAGCUUCCGCGCCUGACUCAGCUCAAGAUUCGCGGAGACGAGAAUUACGGGGACGUACUGCUCUCGACGAACGUUACUCUGCUCGCGGAAGUUCUCCGCGGGAUACCCACACUACAGUGUUUCGAUUGCUCGUUCCGCAUCGCAGCCACGCACCUACAACUGAUCUCGUCGGCGAUCUCGUCUUUGCAGCACCUCACAGUGCUAGGUCUGUGCAUAGGACGCCUCGCGCCGACCCGUGGUUCUAUGCCACCCGCGCUCGACGCGCUGGCCUUGUUCAUGUCUGGCGGCUUCCUCGACGAGUACGGAUUGACUGAACUGUGGACGAGGUGUCAGCGCCUCCGAUUCCUCUACCUUUGCACGUACAGCGCCGACGAUGUAGAAAUCACUCCUCAAGAUCUAGCAACAGCGGGAAACUCUCUAAAGUUGGUCGGACUGGGGAAUGCGUUCCAUUACGUCGAGCGCGAGGGUGGGGAUGUGAAGGUGUCCGAGCAGUGGUCAGACGGGACAGUCGCGUUCAGGCGAGUCGACGACUUCGAAUGUCCGGAGUGGGAGUGGUUGAUGAGGGAGACAAUCAUUUGGUGA